CUUGCAUAUAAACUUGAUCGCUGACAAGACUACACUGGUUCAUAACUCCUGUCGUAAGAAGACAUUGGAAUGAAGAGGACAAUAUUUCUUACCCUCCUCCUAACAUCACUGGCAGGUGUGCGUCCGCUGAAACCCCAGGUACGACACGUCAGGGCAGGGGAAAUGGCGGUGCUGCUCUGCCCUGGGUGUAGCCAGUGCAGCGGUGAUGGUGCUGAACCGUUUUGGACCAGCCGGGCGAUGAGUCUCACCAAGACCAGCUCAUCGUUAGCAGAGCAGAGGCGGAAGGGCGUGCUGCUUCAUGGGACGAGUCUUAUCAUUCUCAGAGCUUCUGAAGACCACGAGGGCAAUUAUUCUUGCUCUUUUGGGGGCAGUAACAGGCAGUCCUGGUUCAGGCUGACUGUACACUCAGAACUGUCUAAAGAGUUUGAAGCGUGGAAUCAGUAUCCUCUGAUAUGCUACGCUCAGGAAUCCUGCAAAUUGACGUGUCCAGACAGAAACAUCCCCUCAGUCAAAACCCCAAACAUGAGCAGCUCCGCCAUCAUCUGGCACAAGGAUGGCGAUCCAUUUCAGAGAGACAGUUACUUCUCCAGUGUGGAUGAAAAAGACAGUGGCGUCUACACAUGCACCAGGCCUUAUCUGUAUCUCGGUCAUACAUAUAAUAUCACCUUCAGGGUGGUACUCCAGGUCAAACCAAAGAAAGUGUUCUCAGUGUCAAGAAUCACUCAGCCACAGAACAACCAGGUGUUUUAUGUAGAUUUAGGCUCACCCAAAGUCAUCGACUGCAAAGCUGAUCUGUAUUCAUUUUUUGAUGACGUGUUUUGGUUGAGCAAUGAGUCGUUUGUGGAAAAGAAUGACAGCUUUCCAGUUUUCUACAAUACCACAAGGGUUCGUGGCUCAGGGGAAACACGGAUGACGGCGAGUCUCGUCUUUAGGAAAGUUUCAGAGGAGGAUCUGCAGACAGUCUACACCUGCAAACUGGAAUCCGACCAACAGGAGCCCACGUUUGUCACCAUCACGCUCAGAAAAAAUGUUCAUCUUUCCUCCGUCCGCCUGGCCUCCUGCAUCAUUGGCUUUUUAGGACUGAUCAUUGUAACGGCAUUCCUUUGCCUGAAACUUAAAAUCCACAUUGCUCUUUACCUUCGAGACACGCUUGGUUGCUGUCGCCAUGCUGCAGAUGGAAAAACCUAUGACGCUUAUUUGAUGAGUUACAAGAGCGACGCAGAUACAGCACUCAAUGAAGAAGACAGGAAAUGGUUGGUGAAUGUUUUGGACGAGCAGUUUGGUUACAGCCUCUGUCUCUUCAACCAAAACGUUGUCCCAGAGAAAGAGGCAGUUUUGGACUGCGUGGAGCAGAGCCGGGCGGUGGUUCUGGUUCCCACCUCACCAGAAUCUGAAACAGGCCCCGACGUCCUGACUGACAUCCAUGCAGCCCUUUUGAAGCGGGGGACUCGCUUCAUCCUAAUCGAUGCUAAGACCACCACCAUAGAGAGGCCAUUACCAGAGACUCUGGAGCUCCUCACAAAGCCCGGAUGCCGUGUCACCUGGAGGGGCAACAGCUCAAAGCUGCCCUCUUCUUCUUUCUGCAAGCAGCUACGCUACCAUCUGCCUGCCCCACAGCACGCACCGAAGCUUCAACAUCAGAGAAACACCCAGGAUGCCAGCUGUUAAAAUGCCAAGUUCAAUAUACAUGCUCUUGUGAGAUGAGAACAAACCUACUUUGAUCACUUGUAUUUCAUUUUUAUUCAUUUAUUUAUAUAUAAUUUAUCUACAUAUGUACUUCAAGAUCAUUGUUAGUGAUAUUGUUGAGGAUGUAUUUUAAAAAAAGCAUUUUUUAAAAAAUAUAUAACAACUUAUAGUUAACUCACAGUCAUCAGUUUUUAAACAACUUUACCUCUAAAACCUGUCAUUUGUACCGGGAUCUAUAAAUAUUCAACCUUCCUAUACCUGUAGCAAACUGUUUUUCCAUGGAGCAUGUUCUCAGUUGUUCAACUAGAAUUCAGAUGUUUCUUUCAAAUAAGAAAUUCAGAAUUCUGAUCAUUUAAACUUUUGUAUUCACACGUUUUGAUUUAUCACUCUUUAAACCAGUUGUACUGAAGAAUCACUUUUUUUUAUAUAAGUUGCAUACUAAUCAAAAUAAAGGCUCUUUGUU